CUUGUAACCCACCCAGCCAAAAAAGUUUCAGAAAAUUAUCCCUCAGAAUCUCAUUUCUCCUCCAACACAAAAAACUUCUCUCUCUCUCUCUCGACAGAGAGAUCGAUUUGAAAGAAAGAUGGCGAGCAGCGGCGGCGGCGGGAAGGUGUCGUUCAAGGUCACCCUGACCUCCGAUCCCAAGCUUCCCUUCAAAGUGUUUAGCGUCCCCGAAGCAGCCCCGUUCACAGCAGUUCUCAAAUUCGCAGCCGAAGAGUUCAAAGUCCCUCCUCAGACCAGCGCUAUCAUCACCAACGAUGGCGUAGGAAUUAACCCACAGCAAAGUGCCGGCAAUGUCUUCCUUAAACAUGGCUCAGAACUGCGGCUGAUUCCCCGAGAUAGGGUUGGUGCUUGGGCGGAUAUGUUUCUUGACGAAGAGACUUUGGUGUAAUCACCCUCCACAUUAUGAUGCUAUAAUAUGUGUUCUCGAGGUACUUCAAACUGAAAUCAGUAAUGCUUAUAAGUUUAUAAUCCGUUGUACUUAGUUUUGCCUACUCUUCCGCGGUUGACUGGAUUAUAUAUAUGGUCAAAUAUGGUGCAAUCGCUGUGAAUGCUAAACUUACAAACAUAUAUAUUAGUGAGAGGUUUUCA